UGUCUAAACUUUCCUAACUCGUCCUCAUCCUGAAGCAUUUUCUCUUAGAUUGUGUUGUUUUUAAAAGAAAGGCUUCUGUAGGGGUGAAGAGGAUGGGGAGAAUGGUAGAAAUCGUGGGGAAAUGAUUGUAUUUAUUAGCUGUCUUUCUGCGGCUGUCCCCAUGGAGACAAUUUGUGAUGGCAAAGAAUGCAAGGAGGGGAGGCUGAUGCCUGAUUGGGAUGCUUUGUAUUUGGCAAAGUGGCUUCUGAUUGGCCUGGGAGAGCCCCGAACUCGCCGGAGUCGAUAUUCAUUCAGCUUGCUCAAGUGCUUGCUAAACUGCAUCCAAACACUGGCGGGCCCUGGCUGCCUCCGCCGAGGUUGGCGGUGUGUAACCUGCCUAACGAGAUUAGCAGGGAAGGGGCUCUUCUCUGCAGCGACGCAGCCGCCAGCACCGGUGAGAAAAGCUGCCGCGCGCCGGGUUUGCCAAGGUUUGUCCAAAGGCGGAUUAUAAACUUUUCAUGAGAAACUCUGCACGGUGCAUCCAGUGAAAUGGCAUCAGACAGUGAGGUAAAAACCCUACUGAACUUCGUCAACCUGGCCUCCAGCGACAUCAAAGCUGCUCUGGAUAAAUCAGCUCCUUGUCGCCGGUCAGUUGACCACAGAAAAUACUUACAGAAGCAGCUCAAGCGGUUUUCUCAGAAGUACUCACGGAUGCCACGGUGUCACCCCAGCAAACCCCCUGAGUGUGGCUGGCGCAGGGGGGCAGAGGAUCGGGGCCGUGGCCCCCAGCCCGAGGCACCUGACCCCAGCCCCCAUGGUGGGGCUGCCGCCGAGAAGGUGAUGCAGACAGCCGAGGCAGAGGAGAGCCUCACUGGGGAACGGGUUUUGCAGGAGCAAAAACCUGAGGCUGUCCGGCCGGACCAGGUGCCCAUGAGGAAGCGACAGCUCCCUGCCUCCUUCUGGGAAGAACCACGGCCAGCUCAGAGCCUGACAGCCAGGGCCUUUCCUGCCAGUCCUGAGGGGCUCCCAGCUCCCAGAGACCUUCCUCCCUAUGAGGGGAAGAAAAGCAAAUGGAGCCCAGAUGCUGCUAGCCCAGAGAGCCCUCCUGACCCUGCACCACAUGCCGGGGAGAAGGACCCUGCCGGGGUCCUCUCAGGCCGGGUGGGUGCCUGGACCUGCUGCCCCUUCCCUUGCCCCGGGACAGGGGUGUACCAGCCCCCGGGAGCGCUGCCCCCAUCGCCCUUCCCAGGGCUGGGACUGUGGAGGAAGAGUGCAGCCACACUGCCGGUGGAGGUGCCACACUUCUGCAAGGAGGCCGAUGGCACGGGGCAAAAACUCUACAGGCCCAUGGUUCUGAAACCCAUCCCCACCAAGCCUGCCAUUCCCCCACCCAUCUUCAAUGUUUUUGGCUAUCUUUAGCGGGGCGGUGUCAGAGUCAUGCUGAACACGACAGCUCCUGAGGGUGAAUUGAAAUGCCCGGUCAGCCACCAGGCAUGAGCUGCUGGCAGCGUGGAGCGGCAAGGGAAGGAGACCAGUGAUCACACCCUCUUCCUCGUGGGCGGGCUGGGGGGAAUUAGUAACUGUUGGGAAGCUACUUGGGCUCCACUCUCCUCUCAGUACGCGGGUGUAAAUCGGGAAUAAACCUUACGAAGCCGGUGGCAUGGAGCAUGAGGCAAACCAGGGCUCUUUCACGGAUGGGCAUUGUCUGAGGCGCGGUGAGCGGGGCUGCAGGCCAUUCAUAGCUGCACUUGUAACACCUAGGAGACCUCCUCCAUGUGGGAACAUCUUUGUGGGGCUGCCCUGCAGCAGCAGCAGUGAAAUGACAUGAAUUAAACCCAUUCAAAAAGUUUUUGUACUUUAAAGUAAUUCUGGAGAAGUCAAGAUAUUCAGGUUGCUUGGUUUUGCAUGCAGGAGACUGGAAGGACAGUAUUUAAUGUAGAAACCACACUUGUGAAUGAUUUAAGAUCUUGUUGUAUGUAAAUACUGAAAGAAUUAAAAGAAAAAAUAAGGGAAGAAAGGAGGUUAAUUUUAUUUUGGUGAUUCUGCAAAUGCAGUCUGUCUAAUUUUAUCCCACGGGGUAGGCACAGGUUUCAUUUGCAACUGGUAGGGAGAUAUGAGGGCUGAAAUCUCUGCCUAUGCAGAUUGAUAUAAACUUAAAAGUAAUUCUGAUGCUGGGAAAUUAGCUAGCAUUAAGCUGGUGCAAAUGGAAGCAGAAUGAAUUUCCACAUCAGGAAUUACUCUGCACUAACAGAACAAAUGAAGAAUUGUAUUAGUUUAAUACAAAAUCAUGAAGUAUGAUAGAAGGAAAAAAUGUAAAGAACAGGCUGCCUUGAUUUCUGGCUCACAGAUGUUUUUUGUUUUGCCUGAUUUUAAGAUGCUAUCCCAAGACCUGGCUGUAAAUGUUUUGCCUAGUAUUUUCCUAAUUAUUUCAACAAAUUGGCAUUGAAGAAUUUAUUACAAUAUUUUUUAAAGUUAGGUUUCUCUUAAACCCAUGGAGAAAGUGUUACUAAGACACAGAACAUGAGAUCUGAGAUGUUUAAUAUUGCAGGUGUAUGUAUCUAUUCAGUUAUACUGGAGUAUAUCACUGAAGUCAAAAGAAGAAUAUUUUGAGGGGUAAAAGGGCCAGAGAAUGGACACCUGUGAUAUCCUGAGGCCUGAACCUGUACUGUUGUUGGAGCUAAUGGGAACUUCACCCAGGUUCAAUAAAAAGUGGCCUUGA